UCAUGCUAGUAUGGUCUGUCUCUGUGAUAAAUUAAUUGAUAGGAUGAAAGAAUUGGAUGAAGAUGGCAAUUUUAGUUUCGCAUGCUGGAAGAACUUAGUUUUUACUGAAUUAAAUAAGAACAUUUAUAGAUAUACCACGUUUGAGAGAAUCGUCUAG